CUCUGUCGGACGUCCCUCACAGGCAUCAGUGGCAUCUCUGGCCGGGGCGCUAUCGCACUUGCAGCGCAUCUCUUUUUCUCCGCCACGAGCGAAGCGCAAGACUUUGAGACGCAGGAUGGAGGGUCAACAUAAAGACCGAAGAAUGAGUCAUCUGUGGAUAUUGACGUUACUGAUAUCGGUGUAAACUGUAUCUCACGGCGGGAUAACACGGUUUCAACUGUUUCUGGACACGGAUUGCGAAACUGGAUCUUGUCUACACGGCGCUUUGAUACGGAUUAUAUUUAUUUCUAUAUAGCCUACUGAUUUCCAUUCCCAACACUUGGAAUUACGGGCGGAACGGCACGCUUGAUUUUCAAAGGAUACUCACAACUACUCUAAAGAAUGGCCGUUUGUUUCACUGCUAUCAUCGCAAUAAUUUUAACUCUACUUACUCAGGUUCUGGGAACAGGUGUGUUCGAGCUGGAUCUCCAUCAGUUUGAGAACAGCGGAGGUUUGCUGUCUAACGGACUAAGCUGCGGUUCCGACUGCAGAACCUACUUCUCGGUGUGCCUGAAGAACUUUCAGACCGUGGUGUCGCCAGGUGACUGUAUCUUCGGCCGCGUCAUCACACCUGUCCUGGGCCACGACUCCUUCAGCCUCACCGAGCCCCGCGGCCGGCUGCGGCUCCCGCUGCUGAACUUCACGUGGCCUGGUGCUUUCUCGUUAUUGAUUGAAGCAUGGCAUGCUCCUGCCUCGGAUCUCCCCGGAGGUACCACCAACCCUGAAUUCUUGAUUAGUUAUUUUGCCAUCCAAAGAAAAUUGGGAAUAGGGCAUGAGUGGUCCCGGGAUGUGCAGAGCUGGAGGCAGACGGAGCUAAGGUAUUCAUACCGGUUCAUCUGCAAUGAAAAUUACUACGGGGACACAUGUUCCAAAAUAUGCACUCCGAGAGACGACCAUUUUGGCCACUACACCUGCACGCCUGACGGGCAAAUAGCCUGUCAACCAGGAUGGAAGGGAGAAUACUGCCAAGAACCAAUUUGUCUUGAAGGAUGCAGUGAACGUACUGGGAAUUGCACCUUACCUGGAGAGUGCAGAUGCAGAGAGGGCUGGCAGGGAUCCCUGUGUGAUGUGUGUAAACGCCACCCGUCCUGUAAACACGGCACCUGCUUGGAGGCGUGGCAGUGCACCUGCGAUGAGGGCUGGGGGGGGCUCCUCUGUGACCAAGACCUGAACUACUGCACCCAUCACCAUCCCUGCUCCAACGGAGCCACGUGCAUGAACACGGGCCAGGGCAGCUUCACCUGCACCUGCCUGCCCGGCUUCACCGGGGUCCACUGCGACUCGGGGGUCAGGGAGUGUGACAGCCAGCCCUGUCAGAACGGAGGCCGCUGCCUGGACGCCGAGAGUGGCUUCGAGUGUGCGUGUCCAGAGGGGUUCGAAGGCACACAUUGUGAACACAGGAUGCUGACCUGCGCUGACAGACCCUGCUUCCACAAGGGGAAGUGCCGGGAGAAGGACAAUGGGCGUAGCUACGAGUGCGAGUGUCCAGCAGGCUUCACUGGGCUCAACUGCGAGAAGAAAGCCGAUAAAUGCACCGCGCUGCAGUGCACCAACGGGGGACAGUGUGUCCUGCACGGGAACACCCUGGUGUGCGGCUGCCGGGCGGGCUUCACCGGCAAGCGCUGCGAGGCCAACAUCAACGAGUGCGCUACGAACCCCUGCGCCAACGGCGCCACCUGCAUCGACCGCAUCAACGACUACUUCUGCACCUGCGCCCCGGGCUACACGGGCCGCAACUGUGCCAAGCCCACCGACCGCUGCGCCUUCCAGCGCUGCCUCAACGGCGGGACGUGCGUGGCGAGUGUCCCCGGCGUCCCUGGCGGGACGGCGGGGACGCCCUCCUGCCUCUGCCCGGCCGGCUACAGCGGACCCCGCUGCGGCGCCUGGGACGUGCCUCUGGACGUCACCCCCAGCCCCAGGCCGCCAGGACCCCUGAGCUGGGCGGCGGUUGGCCUGGGGGUGGGCACGGCGGUGUUCCUGCUGCUGCUCUGCCUGGUGCUGGUGGGGGUGUGCCACUUCAGGAAGAGGAGGAGCCGGGAGCAGGACUCGGAGACCAUGAACAACCUGUCCAAGGCGGACUUCCAGAAGGAGAACCUCAUCCCCACCAUGGACUUGAAGAACACCAAUAAGAAGGUGGAGCUCGAGGUGGACUUCCCCUUGGAGAAGUCCAAUCAUAGACACGUGAACCAUAACCGUCUGGAGGGCCGGGCCUCGGAGGGGUACAAGGGCCAGGCCACCCUAGUGGACAAAGAUGAAAACUGUGAAAAAACAAUGGCCAGCAAAAGGCCGCUGAGUAACAUGUAUAGUGAGAGGCCAGAGUGUAGAAUAUCAACCAUAUGUUCCUCCAGAGACUCCAUGUACCAAUCGGUGUUCUUAAUAGCAGAGGAGAAGAACGAGUGCAUCAUAGCAACUGAGGUAUAACACAUGGAAGAUAUUUAAUUUAAUUUUACGUAGAACAUUGGAUAUCUUCCGGUCUGUUUACAAGUGUGAAGGGACUGGGAGUUAUUUAAAGGAACCUGCUGCUCUUGAAAACUUGAUAACUGGACGGGGCCCGCGAGCUUCUGGAUGCAAUAGAACUAAAGAAACUUAUUUUUAUUAGAACGUAAAGACUGAAAAAUAAAAAAGACUGUUGGACACGUUGAGCUCAGCCGACGCAGAGAAGCACCCUGUGUGGUGGUCGUGUCGCUCCAGGCCCUCAUUGGGGCCACUGCUCGUCUGAGUGCCCACCCGGGGGCCCCAGAUGCCAGCAUGUUGAUUAAGAGACGAGGAACAAUCGGGAGGCUCUCCCCUCUCUAUCUUCUCGCUAUUUGGAUUCCCAGCAAUCAAACAAUCAGCUGAGGACAAAAAGGCCUGUGGAAAAAGGAUGGA